UGUUUCAGCGAGCACGCGCUUUAAAGACUGCGUUAAAACGGAACGAUCACAACCCGCUUGAACGACACAGACGGCUCUGUUUGUGUUUAAAGUGCAUGGAAGACGCAAAGAGAAUCAACCAUUUCCCUUAUCGGUAUUAUUAAGGCCUUAAAUUGUUUUACAGCAACAAUCCCCGAUUUUAAAAAAACGAAUAUAACGCACAAGUAAAUUCAAGAGUCGUGUAAGGACACACUAGGACUAAGUUGCUCUGGCUUUUUGUUGAGAGCAUCUGCCACACAUAUUUGUUGAGAUGAAGUUUAUCAGGGCUGCAGAAGUUGGACAGACACAUCUGAACCCGCGCAUGCGCAGUAACGCCACCAUCCAGCUCUAAAUAAGAGUUACGAAGAAACGAGGUAAAGAUGGCAGAGACAUCUACGGGUGAUGGUCCUGUCGUAGGAGCCGAUUUUGACAUGAUGACCGCUCUUGAUUGGAAGGACGGCAUAGCCACCUUGCCAGGAAGUGACAUUCGGUUUCGGAUGACUGAAUUUGGUACCCUGGAGAUCGUCACAGAGGUGGAGCCCAAAGUUAAAGAGGCGGAGCUUACAGGCCCACAGCCUCAAACUAUAGGCACCAACAACACUCAUUCUCCUGAGCAAAACAAAACGUCAAUUCAGACUGCAAAGCCCCAGUCAAAUACAGAGCAUCAGUCAAAUACAGUGGUUUCCACUGAGCCCCACAGACAGGCAGGGGGCAACAAUGCUGUGGAAUGCCCCAGUGUGAGUACAGUGCCCAAUGCCAUUGUUCCCAUGACUGAGGCGACUGCAAACUGCAGGUCAUGUGGUCACUCUGGUUCACGCGAAUCUUUUCUACAAGGCAAAUACUGCAGCGCUCCUUGUGUACAGCCCUCCAGUGGCAGGUCAACCCCAGCUGAGGCUGUCGAAGGGGAACGUUUAGGUAAACGUGUGAGAAAGAAGAAGAAGAUGUUUAUGGAAUCUGGAGAUGAAGAGGAGGACAACAUCGAGGAGGAAGAGGAGAAGGUUAAAUCCUCAAAGGGGAGACGAGCAGCUAAAGUUGCUAGACUAGUGACUGCACCUCUGGUUAAGAAGAAAACCUGGAGUUGGUCAGCGUAUCUAGAGGAGGAGAGAGCCAUUACUGCUCCCUUGAAACUUUUUAAGGAGCACCAGUCGUUUCCUCAAAGCAGGAAUGGAUUUAAAGUUGGCAUGAAGUUAGAGGGAUUGGACCCCAGUCACCCUGCUCUCUUCUGCGUUUUGACUGUUGCAGAGGUGCAAGGCUACAGGAUUCGGCUUCACUUUGAUGGUUACCCUGAGUGCUAUGACUUCUGGGUAAAUGCUGACUCAUGGGAUGUGAAGCCACCAGGCUGGUGUGAAAAAACGGGCCUCAAGCUAUUGCUGCCAAAAGGCUGCAGAGAUGGAGAGUUUAACUGGAACACAUAUGUAAAGAACUGUAGGGGUCAACUGGCCCCCAAACAUCUCUUCAAGAGUCUUAAUACAUCGGUCACACCGUCAGGAUUCCGCGCCGGGAUGAAGCUGGAAGCCAUUGACAGGAAGAACCCAUCACUCAUCUGUGUCGCAACCAUUGCUGCUGCUGUCGACAACCGACUCCUCAUUCACUUUGACAACUGGGAUGAUUCGUAUGACUAUUGGUGUGAUGCCAGCAGUCCAUACAUUCAUCCAGUAGGGUACUGUGAGGAGGCAGAGUUAACACUCACUACACCUGCAGAUUAUAAGCCUCCCAAGGUUUUCACUUGGGAGAAGUACCUUGAGGAAACUGGAGCUCAGGCUGCACCAGCAAGAGCCUUUAAACAGAGACCACCACAUGGCUUCCAAGUCGGGAUGAAGCUGGAGGCAGUGGACAAGCGUAAUGCCAUGCUCAUCCGUGUAGCCACCAUCUCUGAUGUCGAAGACCACAGAAUCAAGAUCCAUUUCGAUGGCUGGAGUGAGGAGUAUGAUUAUUGGCUAGAUGCUGAUAGCCCAGAUCUGCACCCAGUAGGCUGGUGUCAGAAGACAGGUCAUCCUCUACAAUACCCCAACGGUCCCAGAGUGUCUCCAGUGCCUCCAGGACAAGGGUGCCCAACCACAGGAUGCAACGGAGUCGGACACAUUAGAGGACCUCGGUAUGGGACACAUUACACGGCGGUGAGCUGUCCAUACUCAGAUGUGAAUCUGAAUAAGGACGGGCUGGUGCCGGACAGACUGAACGGAGAGAGACCGGUCACACUCAGUGGACCGCCGCGCCACCGCCGUGCUGAAACGCUCACUCAGACGCACCCUCCCACACCCAGCGCCGGCACCCCUGAACCCCCUGACACCACCACAGAUGCCUGUCCACCAGCUCACUCAGUGCAUGAGCACAUUGUGUCUGGCAGCGCUCCCAAAUGUGUCAAGCCACCUCAAGUGAAGCAGGAAGGUGACGGGAAAGAUUCUCUUCAGCAGUUCCUGCAUGAGUCUGUGUUUUGUGGAUGGGAGCCACCGAGGUUUCAUCUGUGUUGGGAAAAGCAUGGAAAACUCUUGCCUGAAGCUUUAGGCCUCACGGCUAAGAGUGUGUCCAAGUGGAACACAGAAGAGGUGGCAAGUUUUGUAAGAGGCCUGCCUGGAUGCAGAGAGCAUGCUGCCACCUUUAGGAAAGAGCAAAUCGAUGGCGAGGCCUUCCUGCUCCUUACUCAGUCAGACAUUGUUAAGAUUCUGAGCAUCAAGUUGGGACCCGCUCUUAAAAUUUACAAUUCAAUCCUCAUGCUGAAGAGUGCAGAUGAGGAGUAAACUGCUGCUCCAUCAAACAACAUGUCUCGCCCCCACCGAUGUGUCCAGCAAACACAAAUGUUCAAUCAUUGGUCUCCUAGAUGGAUAUUGACAGAAUACGCCAAUUCAACAAAUUUUGUGAUCAGAAAUAUCACAGCUCCUAAAGGCCGAUAUAGAUUUGAUGUCUCCCUUUCCGACUCUGCACUCGCUCUUAAUUAGGUCUGAUAUUCUCUUUUGAAACCGAUUCAUAUUAGACUCUGGGAGGGGGGAGUACACUACACUGAGGCACCUUAAAUUGUUGAAAGCUUAAACUUAAUUCUUUCAUUGUUGAUAUUUAUGUUUUUAUGGUUGCUAAAAUGACGGCUAAUUACGAUUGAAAGGCACAACGGUGGAGCUAUUACUUGAAAUGUUUUUUUUUCUUGUUAUAAAAAUGCGAAAAGACAUUUGUUUGUAAUUGAACACGCAUACUAAAUAAUCCAAAUGAGCCUGUUUGAGACCACUAGAGGGCAGUAGGAUUGUGUGUGUGUGUGUGUGUGUGAGAGACUUUUGCAAGCCUGUAUGAGUGAGGGAAAAAAAUGUAUAAAUGUGUGCUUGCAUCUAAUGUCAGGGAAUUCUUGCUCUGGGCAAAUCUGGAAUUGAAUGUCUCUGUUUGUACUUACUUCAGAUGAAAUGUUUGAUCUUGUAAAAUGCAUUUGUAAAUUGAAGAAAUUGUAUAGUGAAUUGGACGGUGUGGACCGACUGAUUGGACUGACUCUAAAUAGAGUUAUGAAUAGAAAUGAGUGGGUGUGUGUGUACUUCAAGCCUUUGAGACCCUGACAUUUUGCCUUGUGCAUGCAUUCCUGAAUACUAAGAAAGUUUGUUCUGUCAUUCACCGAACAAAAGCUUUUUGUACAUCUCAGACCUGCUGUAUAAUACAGCUGUAAUUCUCAGCUCUGCCUCAACUGAUUUUACAUGUUGUUCAUGUACUGGCUUGGAUUUGCAGUGCUUCUCAAAGUUGUCAAUAUAUGCACAUGCAUAUGCAGGUUGUAAUAGGUUCAAAAUAAUAGAUCCAGUUAGGGUUGGAAACUGGAGAAAAUUUUGAAAAUGGGGGUACAAAAAUUAGACCCUGAAUAAAUAUAGAUAAUAGUCUGCAGAUGCAUUUUGCUAUAAGUAAUAAAGGCAUUUGGAUGGUGAUGGAAAAUUAAGAUCUGGGGAAUCCUCAUCACAGUGGUUAGGGUCAAGGAUGGGUUAAUAUCAGAUUUUGAUUGUUUUCUUUGGUUUAUGUGUGUGUCUGUAGAUUAAAUGUCUCUCUAAUCAGACUUUAUGUGGGACUGUGUGAGUUUUUUUUUUUUUUGGGUUCAGUCUCAAAUGGAUGAAUGGAUAAAU